AUGCGAGGCACUGAGGAUCUGAAUAGGUUGGAAGACCGACUCCCGGAGAUUCUUGAAAAAGUAAACAAGUUAAAGGAGGAUGCAAACGAAGCGUUCAAGGGUUGCCGCUUCCAGCACGCAGCUCAACUGUAUACCGAGGCAAUUCGAGUUAUCACAACAGAGGCUCUCAGCUGCGAGUCCGAGUCGCAAGCAGUAGCACUGUUGAGCGAAGGGCUGUACGAAAACGAGCACGCAGAGCCCACUGACAGCGCUACAGCAAACGGUCAGGUGAACGGCAGCUCCGCCGCGAAAUCUGCAGAUGAGAGCAGCCCGGCUGAGACGCUCCGCUUUCUGCUCGUUGUUCUCUUCGCGAAUCGUGCGUUUACACACCUGAAAGUUGAAGCACACGGAUUCGCCAUCAAAGAUGCCGGCUUGGCAAUAAAGCUGGCGAAGAAGCCGUACCCUAAAGCGUUCUAUCGAAGAGGUGCAGCGUACUUUGCCCUUGGUAAGUACAAGCUAGCUUUGGCGGACUUCCGGAAAGCGGCUGCGGCUGCACCAACCGAUAAAGACGUGCGUUUGAAGAUUCGCGAGUGUGAGCGGCGCCUUCGUGAAGAAGCGUUCUCAGCAGCCAUCGACAGCUCUCGCGACACGCCGGCGUCGCUGUGCCGCAAUAUCGACGUAUCAGGCAUUGUGGUUGAGGAUUCCUACGAUGGCCCGCGUCUAGUAGCGACGCAUGAGAGCAAUUCCGGUCGCAUUGCUGCGGGUGACGGCUCCGUCACGCAGCGGUUCUGUUCUGACCUCUUGGGACACUUCCGAGCGCAGAAGCGUCUGCAUCGCAAGUAUCUCUUACAGAUCAUUGGUGCGGCCUACGAUCUGCUGCGCGGCUACCCGAACAUCGUGAAGCUCAAACUAGACUCCCACGAUGGGAGCACUGACGCGUCGGCAACGAAUGCGCAGCAACACCGAGACUCGUUCACACGGCCUAUUCCGCCAGCUGCCGCCGAUAGCAACUCGUUUGUAACGAGCUCGCCGGUGCAUGUUGUGCCGCAGCUCACGGUAUGCGGCGAUACGCACGGUCAGUUCUUCGAUCUGGUCCGCAUUUUCGAAUUGAACGGGCUACCGAGUGCAGAGAAUCCAUAUCUGUUCAAUGGCGACUUUGUAGAUCGGGGUUCCUGGAGCGUGGAGGUCGUAACGACUUUACUAGCGUUUAUGGUGUAUGAUCCACGGUGCAUGCACCUUACUCGAGGUAACCACGAGUCGCGAAAUAUGAACAAGAUCUAUGGAUUCGAGGGUGAGGUCCGCCACAAAUACUCCGAGCAUUUUUUUGAGCUUUUCGAAGAACUUUUUCAAGCGCUUCCGCUAGGCUAUCUGAUCGAGGGUGCGAAUCAAAAACGGGCGCUGGUCGUGCACGGGGGCCUCUUUUCCCGCAACGGAGUGAAGCUGGACGAUCUGCUCCGGCUGGAUCGAUUUGUUGAACCGCCGAGCACUGGUCUGUUCGCGGAGCUGCUUUGGAGUGACCCGCAGAAGGAGCAUGGCUGGGGUCCCAGCAAGCGAGGCGUUGGUGUCGCGUUCGGGCCUGAUGUUACCAAGCGGUUUCUUGACGACAAUCAGUUGGAGCUCCUGAUCCGUAGCCACGAAAUGAAAGAUGACGGAUACGAGGUCGAAGCAGACGGCCGCCUAAUCACGAUCUUCUCUGCACCAAACUAUUGCGAUCAAAUGGGGAACCGCGGUGCCUUCAUUCGCCUGAAACCUGACAUGAAACCAGAGAUCGUGCCGUUUGAGGCAGCAGAACACCCCGCAGAUGUGCGUCCAAUGAUGUAUGCGUCGGGCGGUGGAGGCCUCUUCGGCCUCGUAUGA